AUGGGCAUGUCGGCGCUGGCUGCUUUUCUUAUCCAAAUGCCCAUGCAUGUGCCGGCGUUGGGUCGAGAGACUUCGCUCCAAACCGGUCCCAAGGCCUUUCUCGACAUUGCGCUCAAGUACGGAACCGAUAAGGUUACGAAGCACCAAUAUCAUUUUAUGUACGGCAAGUACCUCCAGACCUUGCGCUCUGAGAGGGUAAAGGUAUUGGAGAUUGGUCUCGGUUGCGAUGUGCCUUAUGGACCUGGCGCAUCGUACUGGACCUGGAAAGAGUACUUUGAAGACGUCGACCUCUACUUCAUCGACAACGACGUCGAAUGUACCCACCGAUGGGCCGAACUCCAGUGGAGACCGGGAACGACCGUGUUCUUGGGCGAUCAGGGCGACCCGGACUUCUUAGAGGACUUCAUCGAGGCUACAGGCGGGGAAUUCGACGUCAUUGUUGACGACGGCGGCCAUUUCAUGCACCAGCAGGUCAUAUCACUUCAACACCUCUGGAGGACGAUCAAACCCGGGGGAGUCUACUUCUGUGAGGAUCUUGAGACGAGCUAUUUCCCCAUGUUCGACGGUGAUGCAUCGAGCGUCGAUGCAUCAAAGUAUACCAUGACCAAGCAUAUCUUCGAACUAAUUGAUGACAAGAUGAUCUUUGGAGGUGGGACGAAGCACACCAUGAGCCAAGAUUUGCAUUCCAUCGAGUGCAUGAAGGAGAUAUGUGCCUUUGUAAAAGGUCCGGGAGUUCUUUGA